CCCAACUUUUCCCUUGUUUCCAGGCUGUUCCUGCCAUGGGCUCCGGCCCCAUCGACCCCAAGGAGCUCCUCAAGGGCCUCGAUUGUUUCCUGGGCCGCGAUGGCGAGGUCAAAACCAUGGAUGGCAUCUCCAAAAUCUUCAGCCUCAUGAAGGACUCGCAGAAGAUGGUGAGCCGCUGCAUUUACCUCAACAUCCUCCUGCAGACCCGGGCCCAGGACAUCCUCAACAAGUUCAUCCGGAUCGGGGGCUACAAGCUGCUCAACACGUGGCUGACGGGCUCCAAGGCCGCCAACAAUGUCCCCUUCCUGCAGCAGCUGCUGCUCACCCUGCAGCACCUGCCCCUCACCGUGGACCACCUCAAGCAGAACAACACGGCCAAGCUGGUGAAGCAGCUCAGCAAGUCCAGCGAUGAUGAGGAGCUGCGCCGCCUGGCCUCCAUCCUGGUCAGCGACUGGAUGGGGGUGAUCCGCUCCCAGAGCAGCUCUCAGCCCACAGAACGAGAUAAAAAGAAGAGGAAAGAGGAAAACAAAAGCAAAACUCCCGUCCCGGAGAAGCCCCAGGAGACCAAAAACGAGGCCAAAAAUGAGGAAAUUCCCGAAAAGAAACGGGAAAAACCCAAAUCCCUGCGGACCACGGCCCCCAGCCACGCCAAGUUCCGCUCCACAGGGCUGGAGCUGGAGACGCCGUCGCUGGUGCCGGUGAAGAAACUGAACUCAGCCUCGUCUGACAAAUACAGCCUGAAACCCGUCCCUGUCAAGAGGCAGAGCGCCCCGACAGCCCCAGGGGAGGCUCCUCUGGCAGAGAAGAAAUACAAACCCCUAAACACGGCCCCGAAUGCAGCCAAGGAGAUCAAAGUGAAGAUCAUCCCCCCACAGCCCAUGGAAGGCCUCGGGUUCCUGGAUGCCCUGAACUCAGCGCCCGUCCCCGGCAUCAAAAUCAAAAAGAAGAAGAAAGUUCUGUCCCCAACAGCAGCCAAGCCCAGCCCCUUCGAGGGGAAGCCGGCGCCGGAGCCCAGCACGGCCAAGCCCUCGUCCCCAGAGCCGGCGGCCGCGGAGCCCAUGGACACGGAGCGGCCGGGGACGCCGGUGCCCGCCAUCGAGGUGCCCGAGCCCAUGGACACCGGCUCGUCGGAGGCGGGGGGUGACCCCAAGGCCACCGAUGUCCCCUCCGAGGGGGGCCCGGCCCCGCGCAGGCCCCGCAAGAAGAAAUCGGUGUCGUGGCCCGAGGAGGGGCGGCUGCGCGAGUACUUCUACUUCGAGCUGGACGAGACGGAGCGAGGUGAGCCCCAAACGGCCGGAAUUCACCCCAAAAUCCCCAGAGAGCCCCUCUGGGACCGUUUUGGAUCGUUCCGGGGCCGUUUUGUGGGAGUCUUUGGGCCCCUUUUUGUGAGGGACCCUCUGGGCGCCAUUUUGGGAUCAUUUCAGGGACAUUUUGUGGGAACACUCCGUGUCAUCUUGGGGUUGUUUUAGGGACAAUUUAUGUCU